CCGCUUGCCCUCUCUAUAAUCUCGAGCGAUCACACAAAAAUGGCGGAGUUUCCUUUCGGCCACCACCACCACCACCACCGUCACCACGGCGGCGAAGACGAGCCCCCACCGGAGGUCAGCUAUGUCCACCACACUUCCCAUGUAAGCAGCGGUGAGCCAUACCCACCGCCGGGAGUCGGAUACGUCCAUCACCAUGAAUCAUACAGCGGGGUUUAUCCGCCACCGCCGGCCGCCGGCUACCCUGAACCCUACGACGGAGCUUAUCCUCCGCCACCAGCCGUCCACCACCAUGAACCGUACGGCGAGCCGUAUCCUCCGCCACCAGUCGUCCACCACCCUGAAUCGUACGGCCAGCCUUAUCCUCCGCCACCAACCGUUCACCACUUCUCUCACGUUGAGGCUUCCUACCAGGAAUCGCAUCACCGCCCCGCCGGGAUCGAUAAUAGGCCAACUGUUCGUGUUUUCUGCAGGGCGGAAACUAAUCACUCGCUCUCAAUCCGCAAUGGAGAGGUCAUUCUGGCCCGUACAGAUCCCUCCGAUCCAUAUCAACACUGGAUCAAAGACGAGAAGUUUAGCACCAAAGUUAAGGAUGAAGAGGGACUUCCUUGCUUUUCUCUGGUGAAUAAAGUUACAGGGGAAGCCAUUAAGCACUCAAUUGGCGCCACUCACCCGGUGCGACUCAUUCCAUACAAUCCCGACUAUCUUGAUGAAUCAAUAUUGUGGACGGAAAGCAAGGAGACAGGUGAUGGGUAUAAAGCAAUCAGAAUGGUUAACAACAUUCGCCUCAAUAUGGAUGCAUUGCAUGGUGAUCCAGAUCAUGGGGGUGUCCAUGAUGGGACUACCAUUGUUCUAUGGGAAUGGGCAAAAGGACACAACCAGCAAUGGAAGAUCGUUCCCUAUUAAUUGGUAUUUGGCCCGAAUGUGAAUUUUGUCAAGCGUGAUUAAUCCGUCCAAAUGCCAGCUUGUUUUCUGUUUGCGUGAUUUUGUGUUGUGUUGUGUCUGAAACGUCUUGGAUCAGCUCUUGCACAGACCUUAAUGAGUAUAUUUAUGUGAGCAUUGCUUGGUGCUCAGCAUGGUGGGAAACCAACUUCUUUCCUAUUCAUAUUUGCGUAUUGUAUUGUAUGUAUGAAUGUAUGCUAUGCUGUUGCCAGCUGGUUUUGAACUUCAAAUUGCAUUCAAUAAUAAGGUAUGUUACCGUGUGUUCAA